GCAGCAGCAGCAGCAGCAGCCACAUACCAGGUCAAGAGCCACCUCAUUCAAGGGAAGCUCCUGCAUCAGAUAAAUGAGCCUCCCUCUUGGAGUCCUGAAUUCCAUCAUCACUAAUCUACACCUUGUUACUUUGGACCAUUUCAGAGGGUAGCAGCGGAGGCAUUCAAGAAUGAAGACCUUUGCCUCUAUAGUACUGUUGGGACUUCUAAUGCUGGAAGUUGUUCUUGCUGCCCCUACAAGAAAUGAAGAGAAAGCAAGGAAAUUGAAACAGAUACAAUUAUUACCUAAUGAUCUUUUAGAAGAACACGGUUAUGUGAAUCAGGAUCCAAGAAAUUUCUUUGAGUAUGAGGAUGGGCUGAUUAUUGACGAACCACUGAUCGAGAGCGGCAGUCCAACACCUCCUAGGAGCAGUCAGCUUGUUACCUAUGACAGUGACUAUGAGGAAGAAGAAUAUGUUCCCCAUGAACCUUUGGAUCCUGGUGCUCCCAGUGUACCGGGUCUCCUUGGCCCUGAGUCGAAAGAAGGUCUUCCAACCUGCCUUCUCUGUACCUGCCUGAGUGGAUCUGUUUACUGUGAUGAUACAGAUAUCAAAAACAUACCUGCUCUCCCCAAGGAUACCACUCACUUUUAUGGACGGUUCAACAAGCUCACCAACAUAAAGAAAGGAGAUUUUUCUGGGCUAAAUCACCUAAAGAGGAUUGAUGUGACAGGUAAUAGGAUUUCUUCAAUUGAUGAAGAUGCUUUAAGGCAGUUGCCUGAACUGGUUGAUCUGAUGGUUGCUUCAAAUGAACUUGUGCAGCUUCCAGAGCUACCCAAAACUAUGGUCAGCAUUGAUGCCAGUUACAAUAAACUGAACAGCAGUGGGAUAAAAAAUGAAGCAUUCAAAGACAUGAAUAACCUUGAAUACCUAUAUCUAGCUGGCAAUUCACUGAAUUAUGUUCCACUUCCUCUGCCUGAGAGCCUUCGUUCCAUUAACCUACAGAACAACAAUGUUCGGCAGAUUAAUGACGACACUUUCUGUAACUCAAAGGACAUACAUUAUGUUCGCAAGGCACUGGAGCUCAUUCGACUGGAUGGAAAUCCCAUUAAUCUUAGCAAAACACCUAGUGCCUAUAUCUGUCUCCCACACGUGCCCUAUGGCAAUUAUUAAAGAUCUCCAUUUCUAUUCCCAGUGUACACAAAAGAAAUCACAGUGGGCCAAAGCCUUUUACUAUUGUGCUUAGGAUUUUCAACAGCAAAUACUUCCUUUUCAAUGAAUCUGAUUAAAUGCUAUAUUCAUGGUAUUUCUCUUGUUCUAAUGAGUGAUUGAAUCAUUUCUGUAAAGGAAGAACAUAUUCAACUAUUUGAAAUGUUCGGCAGUAAAGCAAGAGGAAAGAAAAGUUGUAAAUGUUUAAUAAGAAAACCUACUUCGAAAUCCAAUCUGUAUUGAAUCUGCCAAAUAAAAUAAAUAUGAUCUGGUUAAAAAAACAUUUUGUUAUUCGUUAAGCAAUAUAUGUGCUCCAUCAAUGCAUUUUCAACUUACCUUCAUGUUAUAAGCCUGAUGCUAUAAAAAGAAAAAUUUAUUUUGCCUUUCCAUUUCUUUGAAGCAUUUAACAUUAUUGUUAGAUUUAUAAUGAACCCCGUCUGCCUUGUA